ACUUUGAAACAGCAGUGAGUCAGUGUGAGUCUCAGAGAGAGCUGUGAAAGAGCGCGUGGGAAGCCCAGCCCACGGUCACUUCACCGCGACACACGCCGAACAGGUGCUCCAGUCCCACCUGAGGAGCACAACAUGAGGAUUCAUCCCGCUUUUUACCUGUACGGAUACAAUGCUGCCGUGGCUUAACGUUACUGAGUUUUCCUGAAGAGUUCAACACUUCUCUCGCUUCCCUGUGGAGGAGUCUCUGGGAAUAUCGGGCGAAUAUGAAAGUGACAGUGUGUUUUGGAAGGACGCGGGUGGUCGUUCCCUGUGGGGAUGGGAAUAUCCAAAUACACAGUCUUAUUCAGCAAGCGACAAUGAGAUAUAAAAAAGCCAUAGCCAAGGACCCAGGCUACUGGAUACAGGUGAAUCGGUUAGAACAUGGAGAUGGAGGCAUUUUGGACCUGGAUGACGUGCUGUGUGAUGUGGCCGACGACAAAGACAGGCUGGUGGCAGUGUACGAGGAGCAUUUCCAACAUUGCGACGAAGAUCGUGAAGACCCGUAUUCCUGCUCGCUGCUGAACCUCACGGAGACAGACAUGCCCUUGCAUGUACGCCGCAGCAGUGAUCCAGCUCUGGCUGGCCUGCCCGAAGCCCAGCUGCAGCCAGAGGAACCGUCUCGUAAGAACCCCACACGAUGGUCCACCACAGCAGGCUUUCUGAAAGCCAACAACACCAGCGGAACCAACAGCCUAGAGCGAAAGGGUAAGGGUCUGGAAACUUACCGCAGCCUGCCUCGUGAUGGUGUCCCCUGGGCCACCCAGUUUCAGAGAGAAAACGCUCGCUCCUCCCUCAGUGCCAGCCAUCCCAUGGUGGACCGAUGGCUUGAGCGUCAAGAGCAGGAAGGAGAAGAAGAAGACGAGGAGAGAGCAGACAACGGGAGGAACGGCAGGAUAGAGCCGGUGGGAAGGGCAGACUCCUGUGUGGAAUCAGCUUCACUCGAUGAAAUGUUGAAGCCGGUUGAGGUGUCCAAUGGCGGUGGGCCGCUAGGAAUCCACGUGGUGCCUUUCAGUGCCAGAGACAGAAGGACGCUGGGCUUGUUAGUGAAGAGGCUGGAGAUGGGCGGGAAGGCGGAGCGGGAGGCUCUGUUCCAGGAGAACGACUGUAUCGUCCGGAUUAAUAACGCAGACCUGCGCAACAUCCGAUUCGAACAGGCCCAGAAUUUGUUCAGACAGGCUAUGCGUUCUCCACUCAUCCUGUUCCAUGUGGUUCCAGCGGUGAAGAAAGCUCAAUACGAGCUGCUGUCUCAGAAGAAGCUGGGUCUUCAGGCCGCUCCGGGCCCCGGGGACAGGGCCAGUCUGGUGGGAGGAGGUGUGGACUACGGCCCGCGGAGAAUGUCCAAAGCCGAAUCCACCCUGGGCUAUCCUACAUUACCACACAUAGCAAACCCAUCAAACAAGACCCCACCGGGCCCCAUCCAGCCCUCCAGACCCACCAGUGCCGCCUCCUCUGUGGGCUACUCUAAAAAGAUCGGCCGCAAGUUCAGCGUCCAGCUGAGGAAAGAAAGUGCGGAUGCAGCUUCCUCUCAGACUCACGUUAACGGAGUGGAUCUGAAUGGUAAGACUCAGGAGGAGGUUGUGGCUCUGUUGCGCUCGACUCCCAUGGGAGGCACUGUAGGUCUUCUCAUCGUCAGACAAGAGGACACUUUCCUGCCCCGCGAAGUGAAAGAACAAGAUGACUUAAUUUUGACCCCGGAUGGAACGCGGGAGUUUAUGACGUUUGAAAUCCCUCUCAGUGACUCGGGAUCGGCCGGGUUAGGGGUCAGCGUCAAGGGCAAUAGAUCUAAAGAGAGCCACGCUGACCUGGGCAUUUUCGUCAAGUCUAUAAUCACUGGAGGAGCCGCCUGCAAGGAUGGGCGGCUGAGGAUAAAUGACCAGCUGAUAGCGGUUAAUGGAGAGUCUCUACUGGAGAAAACCAAUCAGGAAGCAAUGGAGGCCCUCCGCAAAUCCAUGUCCAUCGAGGGCAACAAGAGAGGCAUGAUUCAGCUGAUCGUGGCCCGGCGGGUCGCAGGGAGGGCAGAGGAGGCUCCAGGUAGCCCACCUGUGCCUCUGAACUCUCCACGAGACGAACAUGAGCGACGGAUCUCUCAGUCGCUGUAUCCCGGAGAGAGCCUGGAUGACAACCACACCCCACGACCCACCAUGAUGGGUAGAAUGAUGGGUCACUACCAGCUGUCCCCCACUGUGAACAUGCCCCAGGACGACACAGUCAUCAUUGAAGAUGAUAGGCCACCUGUUCUUCCUGCCCGCUUGUCUGACCAAUCAUCAUCCAGCUCCCACGAUGACAUGGGAUUUGUGACCGAAAUGCCAGGCUCCUGGCCCAAAGAUGUCCAGAUACAGGACGAAAGCACACUCCGUCCAGACGCAGAUAUGGAUGGCGUGUUUCAGAGGGAAGGCUUCGGCCGGCAGAGCAUGUCAGAAAAGCGGACCAAACAGUACAGCGAUGCCGCUCAACUGGAGAUCAUCACGAGUCGCAAGUCGAAGAGUAUGGACCUAGGCAACUCCACACGAGAUGUGGGACCGUCGUUGGGUUUGAAGAAGUCGAGUUCCUUGGAGAGCCUCCAGACAGCUGUUGCCGAGGCGACGCUCAACGGAGACGUCUCGUUCCACAGGCCACGCCCCAGAAUCAUCAGGGGGCGGGGCUGCAACGAGAGCUUCCGGGCGGCCAUCGACAAGUCUUACGACAAGCCAGGUGUGACCAUAGUCAACCCCGAUGAAGAUGACGAGGGGAUGGAGACGUUGGAAGAAGAUACAGAGGAGAGCUCACGAUCAGGCCGCGACUCCAUUUCCACGGCCAUGGACCUCACCCUCCCACCCUCCAACACAGAGAAACAGCUGAACGGAGGACGCACCAAAGAGGACAAGAAGAAGGAGCGAGGAGGGAAAGACAAGAAAGACAAGAGCAAAGCCAAGAAAGGCGUGCUGAAGGGCCUGGGCGACAUGUUCAGGUUCAGCAAAAACCGCAAAGACGAGAGGCAAGGGGACAAGAUGGAGCGGAAGGGGUCCAGCAAGAGCAAGAUGAAGGAAGCUCAGGCCACCGAGGAGGAGACGCAGAGAAUGAGGCUGGAGCAGGAGAGAAUUCAAGCGAAGACCAGGGAGCUCCGAGAGCGACAGGCCAGAGAGCGAGACUACGCUGAGAUCCAGGACUUCAACCGCACCUUCAGCUCCGACGAGGAGCACACCUACGCCGGGAUCGGCUCUCUGGAAUCGUCCCUGGACAGCAGCAUGGACCUGAGCCAUAACCCCGGUCCAGAGCGUCCGCAGAGCCCCCAAGACCAGGCCUUGCCCUUAGAGGCUCUCUACGCACAGGUCAACAAGCCCCGCAACGGACGCCCACCAUCUGCAGACAGCAACCGACUGGCACCCAGCAACCAUGACCGGAUACAGCGUCUACGACAAGAGUUCCAGCAGGCCAAGCAGGAGGAGGAACCUGAUGACCGCCGUCGAUCCUACAGCUUUCAACAACAACAGAGGACCAACACGGGUUCUUAUACACCGACGGGGCGGCACUCGGUUUCUGUGGAGGACCAAAUGCAGAAACAGAGAGAGGACAGAGACUCUUCCACACAAGCCCAGAGGCAGUACAACUCCUUACCGCGACAACCACGUAAAAACCCUAGCACCGUGUCUCAAGACUCUUGGAAUAAAGUCUAUCCUCCUGGCGAGGUCUUUCAGUCCACCAAAGAGAACCCACGCUAUUCCAGCUACCAGGGAUCCCGCACUGCCAAUGGCUACCUGGGCGCCGCCGCCACGGGCUUGAACGCUCGCGUCCUCCUGGAGACCCAAGAGCUCCUGAGACAGGAACAGAGACGAAAGGAGCAAGAGGCUAAAACCAAGCUACCUACUAUGGAGGAGACACCAACCUCAAGCCAAACCCCUGUUCCUGCUCCACCCAAAGGCCCCUACCGACAAGACGUGCCACCCUCGCCCACCCAACUCGCCCGGCUCAACCGUCUACAGACCCCUGAGAAGGGCCGCCCCUUCUACUCCUGAGACGAGAGAUCAAAACUGUAGGAAAAACUGUAUGACAGCAAUACUAUUGAAUGGAGAGAGACAGGGCUAUAACAUGGAGACUGCAUGGAGGAUUGGUUUUGGAGGUUUUUCUGAGGGUUGCCAAGUUGUUGUUUUUGUACUCUAGUAUGGAAUCUUUGUACACACUGAAGAUCUUUGUCAACUAUCCAUCUCCCAUUCUUACUUUUGACAAUUGUGUAUAUGUUUGUUUAAUUCAUUGACGUUAUGGCACUAGGUACACUUGACAAUCACAUGACAGUCGCCCGA